ACCAUUUCAACUUUUCUAUCGUCCGAUUAUAUUUUUUCCCUCACAACUUUUCCCAUAUGCCCAUUCGGUUUAUUUACAUUUUAUGGAUCCAUAGUGGAAUACACACAUCACACACAGUGCGGAAAUUAUAUUAAAUAAAUGUAACCGUGAUUUCAUCUGUUUGCAAACGAAUUGUACCGCAACAUAAAAAUUUAUUUUUAAUUUUUUUUUUCAAUCUUUCUACUCAGUCGAAUCGUAUUAUCGGCAACGCGACGUCGAUUUAAAAGUGAAUAAAUCGUCUGUGAAUCAGAAGGAAAAAAAGCAUGUUGUAUGUACUUCCCAAAAUUAAUGAUUGUUUGGAAAAAGAUUUGGAACGAAAAUUUUCAUUUUCAAAAACGAUUUUAAUAUGAAAGAUCUUGCAAUUUUAGUGAUUUCGGUUAUGCCAAUGACGAAGCAUAUCAUACAAAGCUAUUUGUGAUUUUCCAAUUUCUUUUGAUAAUAAGCGAAAAUUAUAAUUUUUUUUUGUGCUGAAGGAGAAAAAAAUGUUUGUGUUAAAAAUUUGUAGUUCGGUGCCAACGAGUGCAAUCACUAUUUGUCAUUUGGAUUUUAUUACUGCAAUAGUUUCGUCAAUAUUAGCACUGUUACUGGGACUAGCCUCAUUGUAUUUAUUCACCAAUUAUAAACAAAGAUACGAUAGCUUACUGUCACAACACAACGUCCGAUCAGCGUGUUUAUUGACGUUGAUCUUACUAAAUGCCGCCGAACUUGCUGAAGCAACACUAUCUUCGUAUCCGAGACCUGAAUUCACUUCUGCUCCAUCUAUUAAGCUGAUAUCUGCAAUAUGUCUUGUGUCGCUAACCAUUUUCCAAUGGAUAUUUUAUCGGAUAAUAGAAAUGCGAAACAAAAUUGACUGGUUAUACUUUGCUGUUUUCACGGAAGUAUCGAUGAUCAUUGUGAAGGCUAUAAAGGCAUUUAAAAUAUCCGAGGUGCUGUAUGCCUCCCAUUUCUAUUCAAUUCUCUUCCAAUUGACCAUAAUUUGUAUAUCAUCGCUCGUUUGCAUCGACAUCAUUACCAUAUCGAAAAUUUCUAAUACUAAAGGUAUGAGAUCGAACCAAACCGCUGAUAAUGGCAACUACAAAUACAAAAAUGCCAGUUUCUUGUCCAAAAUAUCGUUUUGGUGGAUGACACCGUUGCUGUGGCGUGGAUAUUUUGAUCCACUUGAAUUGGAUGAUGUGGGUCAUUUGCCGGAGGACGAUUCCAGUCGAUCGCACUACGAUCAAUUUUUGAUCAUUUAUCAAAGUUUGAAGACCAAAGGAAAUUCUCUGUGGCUGUGUUACGUGAAAAGCAGCUGGAAAAUGUUUCUAUAUGGUGGUUUACUGAAACUGACUGGUGAUCUGUCUGGACUCGUUGGACCGUUGUCGAUAUCGUACAUUGUUGACUAUAUUGACAAAAUUAAUGCGACAAAUUACGAUCCAGAUGCCAGCAUUUACAAUAACACCAACACCAGAAACAUAUCCCAACCAAAUCCGAAAAUAAACUUUAUUAUGAAUGAAAAUUCACAGAUCUACUAUCUGGGAUGGUGUGAUUUUAUUGAAAAUGGAUGGAUAAUGGGAAUGUUGGUUUUAAUUGCAUCGUUAGCCCAGGCAAGUUUCUCGCAAGCUUCUACACAUAUUGUAAACAUGGUCGGAAUUCGAUUACGAACAUCCAUACAAGGAUUAAUUUAUCGUAAAACACUUCUGAUUAGCUCAAGUUGUUUCUUUGGUGGUAACGGUGGUAAUAAAAUCGACAAUAAUGAUUCCUGCAAUAUAAUUGAAUCGGUGGGUGGUAAACGGCCGCACGAGAAAUUGCCAGAGAAACAAAGUGUUUUUGAUAUUGGCACUAUAACCAAUUUAAUGUCAGAGGACGCGCUUAAUGUUAUGUCCUUCGUAGCGAUAGCACAUUAUGUCUGGGCCAUUCCGUUGAAAAUAGCUAUUAUCAUGUAUCUUUUAUACCAGCAACUGGGUAUAAGUGCUCUUAUUGGUGCUUUGGUGUGCAUUAUUAUUAUGGUACCAUUACAAUUUGUUAUCGGCUCGGCGAUGGCAAGUAACUCCAAGAUAAUAUCGGAAUGUACGGACGAACGAUUAAAGCGAAUCAAUGAAGUACUUAUCGGAAUCAAAAUAAUUAAGCUAAAUGGAUGGGAGAAUGUAUUUAAGGAAAAAAUUCAAAAUGCCAGACAGGAAGAAUUAAAAUAUCUGAUUAAGGACUCGAUCUAUUGGACAUUAAUGACGUUCUUAACCCACGUUUCAUCCGUUUUAAUUUCAUUUGUCACCCUUGCCGUUUUUAUUGGUAUUGAGGGUGAAAAUAUUGAAUUAACCGCUAGCAGAGUGUUUACAGCACUGGCUCUAUUCAACCAAAUGACUGUACCUCUAUUUAUAUUUCCAAUUACGAUACCGAUCAUUAUAUCAGCAAUUGUAAGCACAAAAAGAUUAAUGGUGUUUCUGGAUCAGCCGGAAGUUCAAAAAGAAUAUGAAGGCAUUCGGAAUAUGGCUCGUAUACUCAGCCGUAGUGAUGCAUCGCUAGAUUUAUACGAGGAAGAUAAUACAACGACAACAAUUGAGUCGGAAGAAAAUUCGUUUACUUUAAAUGAAUGCAUUGAUGACAAUGCUUGUGCACGAACCGAUGCAUUAUUGAUGGACAACAUACGGAAAAGUGGAAAUGCGAAGAAGUUAACAAAAGUUAAGUUGAAGAAAAACAAUCAAUUGAGUCAGAGCACAAAAAUCGAAAGAAAUCGCUCGAGACAAAAAUCGACCAACACAGAUGUUCAAGUGGAUUUGCCAGCGAAUUUAGUUGUUCGAAUUGUGAGUGGUGUAUUUGCCUGGCGACGAAUCGAUGGCAGUGAUGUUUUACUUAACAUUCCCAAGCUGGAUAUACCGAAAGGUAAAGUAACGGUUAUUGUUGGAAAAAGCGGUAGCGGUAAAUCAUCUCUAAUUGCAGCUGUUUUGAACGAAAUGCAUACCGUGUCCGGUGAUAUUCAAUGGAAUAAAUAUUCAACAAUCGCGUACGUGCCCCAAACACCAUGGCUAUUGAAUGCAAGCAUUCGGGACAACAUACUGUUUGGUGAAUCGUAUCGUCCGCGCCGAUUUCAAAAAGUUCUUGAAUUAUGUGCUCUAAAUCCUGACAUUGAAUUGAUGCCUGGCGGUGAUAUGGCAGAGAUAGGGGAACGUGGAAUUAAUUUGUCAGGUGGACAAAGGCAGAGAAUCGCUAUAUGCCGGGCAUUGUACUCUUCAGCCAAUGUUGUCAUAAUGGACGAUCCCUUGUCAUCGCUGGAUAAUGAAGUUGCAAAAUGGAUAUUCGACAAUAGCAUUAAGAAAAUGCUAUCAAAGUACAAUAGAACUGUAAUCUUUGCGACACAAAAAACUUAUUUGGUACACAGCUGUGAUAAUAUAAUUGCCAUGGAAAAUAAUGCCAUACGCGCAUAUGGCACAUUUUCCGAAAUUGCUGAUAUGGAUCCGGUGUUGGUGGAAGAAUGGCGUUCACUAACAGAUAAUGAAAAUUCAAAUGAACUGGCGUUGAGUCCCGGUAAAACUGCUCGAGAACGAUGGAAAUUAUUUAAGAAUGUUUCUCGACUUGGAUUACAACGUACAAGCAAUGAAGAUGAAAACUUAUCGGUGUCCCAAACACUAUACCAUCCAAAACGUCGCAGUCACCUAUUCGAUUCGCGUCACUUGACCUACGACCUACCGUUUCCCAUUGAUGAAGGCGACACCGAAUCCGUGCAAUUUCGCCGAAGACCAUCGAAGCGCGGUAAACAAUGCAAUUCAAUCGAAAUAGCCGAUUUGCGUAAAGACCACCAUCGAACGAAUUCAUUGGAUGCAGAAGGAAAUAAAUUUGGCCGUCAGCCAGUAGUGCGGAAUGUGUCCUCACCUACGACAUUGCAGUAUUCAAAUAAUAGAUCGUCAGAUGAUUUUUCGUAUAAAAACAUAGGUUUUCGACAAUUUUUAAAUCGAAUGUCAUCCAGAAAAUCGAAUAGCACCAUAAAUUCACGAAUUCAAUAUCCGAUAAGUACAUCUAACUCUAUAAAGAGUGUAACCAAAGAAAAUCAUGCACCACUUAAACGUAUGGUUUCGACUAUAUCAAAAUACAGUGAAGAAACGGAGGAUGAGAAUUGUUCAAACAAUGAGAACACAUCGAACCGGUUAAUAUGUAUCGAACAGAGAAAAUAUGGCAAAAUUCCAAACAGAAUAUACAUGUUGUACUUAAAGGCUUGUGGAUUAUAUAUUGUAUUCAUAUUUUGUGUAAGUGCGUUCGGAUGGCAAGCGUUACGAAUAUAUACAGAUGUUUGGCUACGAGGCUGGACAGAUAUUGAUUACGAUAGCAGUGGAACAGAAGAAAUUUUUUAUUACUUUCAAGUUUACGGGGCUCUUUCGUUGGUUUGCAUCGUCUUUUCGAUGAUAACGACACCGGCUGGUCAAGUGUGCGGGAAUAAAGCUAGUAUUUUCUUGCACGAGCAACUACUGAAUGGCGUUAUGAAACAAUCGUUGAACUUUUUCCAAACAACGCCACUUGGCAGGGUCAUGAAUCGAUUCAGUAACGACAUCACGGUCAUCGAUAAAAAAAUAAAUACCACAAGUCAACGUCUUCUACAAUUUACGCUCUUGUGUUUGAGUGCCGUUUUAAUAAAUGCCAUUAUCACUCCGUGGUUCAUACUGUUGACACUGCCAAUAUGUUUUGUGUAUUACAUGGUUCAAAGAUUCUAUCGAAGUUCAUCCAGGGAACUGCAACGCAUCGAGAGCAUAACUAGUUCACCUAUAAUUUCACACUUUUCGGAGACCAUUGAAGGUGUGGCAACAAUACGAGCUUACAGUCAGGAAUCUCGUUUUAUGGAAAUUCUUUUCAAGCAUAUCGAAGCAAAUAACAUUACGUUUAUCACAUUGAAUUGCAGUAAUCGAUGGCUCGGUAUUGCUUUGGACUAUUUGGGUGGCGUAAUUGUAUUUGUAGCCAUUAUCACCAGUUUGCUUGUAGUUUAUAUAGAUCCGAAAAAAGCCACCCCCAGUUUGGUUGGAUUGGCAAUAAACUACACCCUUUUGGUUCCGAUCUAUUUAAACUGGGUUGUAAAAUUAUUAUCGGAUAUGGAAAUGUAUAUUGGAGCUGUUGAAAGGAUUUCGUACUAUAUUGAUGCUGAAAAUUCAAAUGGACGCAAAGAAAAUUAUAUUUCGGUGCCCAUUUCAUGGCCACAAAAGGGUGAUAUAAUAUUUGAAAAUGUAUCAAUUCGCUAUGUAAACCAGCAGGAAAAUGUCAUAACUAAGCUAUACUUGAAAAUCGAAGCUGGACAACGGAUUGGAAUUUGUGGCAGAACUGGUUCGGGGAAAUCCACAUUAGCAAUGUCUCUAUUUCGUUGUGCUGACAUUUGUGAUGGUCGCAUUUUGAUUGAUAAUGUUGAUAUAGCAACCAUUCAUCCUGAUGAGAUCCGCACCCGUUUAUCAAUUAUUCCUCAAGACGUUGUCCUAUUCAGCGGAUCCAUUCGCGAUAAUCUCGAUCCGCGGGGACAUUAUACCGAACAAGAACUUUGGAAUUGUUUAGAAAUUGCUCAAUUGAAAGAUGUUAUCACCGCCAUGCCGUCCGGUUUGGAGACCGAAAUCGUCGAUAAUGGAUCGAAUCUCAGUGCGGGACAUCGACAAUUAUUUUCUUUGGCACGCUCAGUGCUAAGAGGCUCCGUCUGCUUGAUACUUGAUGAGGCGACGAGUUCAUUGGAUUCAGAAACAGAAAAAGCUUUAAUGGAUGCAGCUAACAAAGCCUUCCAGGGACGAACUGUAAUCAGUAUUGCGCAUCGAGUUCAUACAUUGCUCGACUACGAUCGAGUGAUUGUUUUGGAUAGUGGAAAGAUUGUUGAGGAUGGUCCGCCAAAAGAACUGAAAUCUCGGCAAGGUAGUAAAUUUGCCGCAAUGUUAAACGCAAAUUCAUGAUGAUGUCAGCUUAACUGGUCCCACUUUCCACUUCGAAUCACACACUCAGUCAAUAUCUUGCAGAGGUAUCCAGUAUUAACUCAUGUAAAAAUUGUGUUUAUGUAGAAAAUAAAUAAUGUAAAAUGUA